AUGGACAUUGAAAUCUUAGAAGACUUAGGAUUUGGAGAAGACAAAGCAAAAGAAGCAUUGAAACUAACUCAAGGAGACUUCGAGCAAGCUCUUGAGCUUUUAGCAGUAAAAGGUGCACAAGGAGAAGAAAAUAUUGAUGCGUAUUGGGAGCAAGAAUUGCUAUUAAAAAUUGGAAGACUUCAAGGAGAAGUGCUAAGGAAUGAUGAAAUCAUUGCAUUUAAGCCAGAAGACACGAAAGGAAUGAAUGCUAAGCUAGUUUGCGUGAAGUGUGAGAAACUAAUUUGUGCGGCUAUGGUUCAACGGAAUGAGGAAAAAUCGGAACAGAAGUCGAAGCAGGAAAUAAAGCAGGGGCUGAAACGGGAAUUGAUGCAGGAAUCUGAGCAGGAACUAGAGCAGGAAUUGGAGCAAAAAUUGAAGCAAAAACCAAGAAAAAAACUGGAGCAGAAAAUGAAGCAAACAUUGAAGCAAAAAUUGAAGCACAAAUUGAACCCGAAAUUGAAGAACAAACAUUGAAGCAAAAAUUGAAGCACAAAUUGAAUCCGAAAUUGAAGAACAAAUUGAAUCAGAAAUUGAAACAGAAAUUUAUGCAGGGAUCUAGUCAGAAAUUGGAGUAAGAAUUGAAGCAAAAAUCGAAGCAAAAACUGGAGCAACUAUCGAAUCCAAAAUUGGAGCGGAAAAUGGAACCAAAAUUGAAGCAGAAAUUAA